AUAAUGGUGCCGUUAUUCUGCAAAACCAAAUCAAGAAGGAACAAAGAAAGAGAGAGGAGAGGCAUUGUAAUCGUGACCUCUCAAGCUUCUUUCAAAGACAGAGAAGAAAGAACAAAACAAUCUCAACAAACACAAACAAACAAGCAAACAUCAAUGGCAAACUCGUAUACGUGGCUCUUCCUCGCGAUUUCUGCCACCCUCUUGCUUCUUCUGUCUUCGUCGCCGACAGCGGACGCGGGAGCGCUGGGCAUGGAAAUGACAUGGAUACCCUCCAUGCCCAUGGAAGAGGAGUUCCAGCUGGACAGCGAGAUCAGCCGGCGCAUCUUAGCCACGACCAAGUACAUCAGCUACGGUGCGCUGCAGAGGAACACUGUCCCCUGCUCUCGCCGCGGAGCCUCCUACUACAAUUGCCAGCCUGGCGCUCAGGCCAACCCUUACAGCCGUGGCUGCAGUGCCAUCACCAGGUGCAGGAGCUAAAUUAUAUAUUUAUUAUUAUUCUCCUUUUUUUUUAAAAAAAAAUUUCAUAUUCGGGUUUCGUUGUAUACAUGACCAAGAUUGAAUGUUUAUGUAUUAUUGUCCUGUUGCCGAUAAAUAAUUAUUGAAUCAAUGUCAGUGAUUCAUCAUUUUUUUUUUAUUUCCUUCUUAUCCACUGGUUUUUUUUUUCUAUUUUUUAUUUCUUAUUUUGGCUUUUUAAAAUAAGGAGGUGUGUACUCAGAAUAAAUAAAGUGCACUUAUAAUGUUGAUUUUCUGAUCAACUGAAUAUGUA